AUGUCUCACGGUAAACGCAAAGAAAUCUACAAGUACGAGGCUCCGUGGACGGUGUUCGCCAUGAGCUGGAGCGUCCGGCCGGACCGCCGCUUUCGGCUGGCACUGGGCAGUUUCGUGGAGGAAUACAACAACAAAGUGCAGCUGGUCGGUCUGGAGGAGGAAAGCUCAGAGUUUGUGUGUAGAAACACCUUCGAUCAUCCGUAUCCCACAACGAAGAUCAUGUGGAUCCCAGACUCUAAAGGAAUUUACCCAGACUUACUGGCCACCAGCGGAGACUACCUGCGCAUAUGGAGGGUGGGUGACACAGACACGAGACUUGAGUGCCUCCUGAACAAUAACAAAAACUCUGAUUUCUGCGCACCCCUCACUUCCUUCGAUUGGAACGAGAUUGACCCCAACCUGCUUGGUACCUCGAGUAUUGACACCACCUGCACCAUCUGGGGACUAGAGACAGGGCAAGUGUUGGGGAGAGUCAAUCUGGUCUCUGGCCAUGUCAAAACACAGCUCAUUGCCCAUGAUAAAGAGGUGUACGAUAUUGCGUUCAGUCGUGCUGGUGGAGGGCGGGACAUGUUUGCGUCAGUUGGAGCAGAUGGUUCGGUUCGCAUGUUUGAUCUGCGGCACCUGGAGCACAGCACCAUCAUCUACGAGGACCCUCAACACCACCCAUUGCUGCGCCUUUACUGGAACAGGCAGGACGCCAACUACCUAGCCACCAUGGCCAUGGACGGCAUGGAGGUUGUUAUUCUGGACGUGCGUGUACCGUGUACUCCAGUGGCCAGGCUUAAUAACCAUCGUGCAUGUGUAAAUGGCAUCGCCUGGGCUCCCCACUCCUCCUGCCACAUAUGCACUGCUGCGGACGACCACCAGGCUCUGAUCUGGGAUAUCCAGCAGAUGCCGCGGGCCAUCGAGGACCCCAUCCUGGCCUACACGGCCGAAGGGGAGAUUAACAACGUGCAGUGGGCUUCCACUCAGCCCGACUGGAUCUCCAUCUGCUACAACAACUGCCUGGAGAUCCUGCGAGUGUGAAAGCCGAACGCCUAGUAGGUCCUAAUAAAUCUUAGCAACAGUAUUGCUGUCCCUUUAAACAGCACCUUUUUUUGACUGUUGCGUCCAACCUGGGUUAUUAUUUUGUGCCAGUAAGUUUCAUUUGGUCUGCACUUCAUUGUGGCAGACAGGGGGAGCUAAACCCAGGAUGAAGUGGUUUUACCUGGGUAGAUGUACAACUGGAAGGUUCUCGAUCUCGUUCUCUCUUUUGUAUUUGUUUUUCUAUUACAUUCUACUUGGAGUAAAUCAGUAGUUGUUAUUGUUGUAUCUCAUUUUGGAAUUAUUACCUACUUCGAAAUGGCUGCACAUGUGCAGUGAUAUAAAUUGAACUGUGAGCUCAUUUCAGUGAGGAUUGCGCGCGAGGUACACGUAGGAUUACUUUUACUGUAGCAGCUCCUCUUUACGAUUACUGUGAUUAGCACACAAGAAAAAUGCUCAGAAUCUUUGAGGUGGGCAGAUUGGCCCUGGGGUUAAAAACAUGACUUUUGUAUUUUGUAUAAUUGUAUAAACUAUUAUAUUUAAUGUGAAUCUAAGCUGUACAUACAAGCUUUUUAUACAGCGAAUACUGGCAGUAGUUCAGAAGCUCAGUUUUCAAAUACUGCAAAUUAAUGACCGUUCUUGUUAUGUGCCUGAUAAGUCACUUGUAGGUUGUCAGUUGAAUAGAGCCAUUUUCAAGGAUACAAUUUAAACUCAAGCAGCUGAAUUCUUGUUUUUGGGAAGUUUAUUUCAAUGUAAUACCAAUUCUUUUUUUGUUAUUGAUUGUUAUUACAUGUGAAUUUAGUUUCACAGUGUCACUGGCUUCUACAAGCAUAUAAAAAGUAGUAUUAUUGGUAAAAAUAAAAUUUUCAAUGAAAAAUAGUCAUGCUGUGCUGCAAUGUUGUUUUCUCGUUCAUGUACUUUAUGUAUUUUUAUGUAAUGUAGCUUUGAUAUGUACAGAAGCAAGUGGGGGUGCAUCCACUUGCAUACAGUUGUUAAAAAUAAAAACAGCACAUUGAAACAUCCAGCUAAGUUCCAGUGGAUGCCCAGCAUAAUAUUAGUGACGUUUUACUUGUGAUUUUAUUUACCAGUCGUCACGUAAGUGUUUUACUUAAGUUUCAGAUUUGUGAGACUGUGCAGGUGUACUGACUGCAAGUUGAACACAAUUUUUGUUGCUUGCGAAGAAAGUUCUGUGUUGGUUGUUGAUUUGUUAGACACCCUUAAACUUCUGUUUGCAAUGUUUUUACAACCUAUUUUGUGCAACUAAUUGUAUGCAAUUGAUGUGCUUGAAGAAGAUUUGAUGCAUUCAGUACUGCUCCCCUUACCGUCUACCUAGUUCAUGUAGUGAGUGAUUAGAUAUGGAAUUUCCAUCCAAGAGUCAAUAUUGCUAGAUCAAAUAAUGUGAUAUUAAGUAUUUUAACCUUUGGCAUCAUACAUUUUGAGACAAUAUGUAUCGGCUUGAUUUGGGCCACAGAGAAUGCAAGUAAAAUGCUUAUAUAUACCAACAAGGCAAUUAACACAG